AGAAAAAUCUCUUACUUGUCCCAACCAUCACGUAGAGGUGCAUUUCGUUGGUUGGGAAGGUAUUCAAGAAAAUGUUUCACAAGAAAUCAUUUUUUUACCAAAACCUCAAACCAUGCAUCUCUCACGGACCUUUUGUCAGAUAUUUCCCUCAUGUGGGAGAAGUGAAAAGGCCGUGAUACAAAGUACUGAAAAUGAGUAG